UUAGAAACAUUUCCCCAAAGAGUCUGUAGGCUGUGCUCGACCAGUUACGGCAAGACCUUAUAAAAACCAACCCAUCACACGUGCCCCCACCAUCGUUUUUGCCUGCGUGACACUCUUGUAAAGAUGGAGAAGGCUCCGUCGCCUUUGUUGUUGUUGCUGCUGCUCUCUUUUCUUGCCGUCAUCUGCUCCGCCGUUGAGCCGGCUCCGAUCACUGUGAAGCCCGAUGUCGCUCCCGUGUCCAUUCCAAUCAACUACAUCCAGAAAGUCGGAAGCUGCUCUUACGAUGUUACCGUAGUAACAAGCUGUGCAUCUUCUUCAUCUAUCACUGGCGAAAUCGGUAUUCUGUUUGGAGAUUCUCAUGGAAAUCAGAUAAUCGAGAAGAAAUUGAGUAACGAAGACAAGGUGUUUGAUAGUUGUAACACAGAUAGCUUCGUGCUGAAGGAUCGACCCUGCAGCGUCCAAAUGAGUUACAUGUAUAUCUAUAAGGAUGGGGCUGACGAUUGGCUUCCGAACUCUGUUGAAAUCUCUGGCUCUGGAAUCAAACCCCUUCUGUUCAUCUUCAAAUCCUCCAUCCCAAGAAACACUUGGUUUGGCUUUGAUUUGCGCCAAUUUCCUUUCCCAUCGCCGCCCUCCUACGACCCGGCCCCUCCUCUUCCCUGGUUGUUUCCUCCUCCUUCUCCUCCUCCUUCUUUUCCCCUACUACCACCGCCGGAGCCAAUUCUUCCACCGCCUCCUCCACCUGAGCCUGUUCUUCCACCAGUGCCUCCGUCUACUCCUCCAUCGUCCUCCAGCAAGAUCUCAGGUCACGCAUGGGGUAUGGUAUCUGUGAUUUUGGGAUUGUUGACUGGCCUUCUGUGAUUCUGCAGCAGCUGCUUGGUUUAUGUAGUAGUUUAUUGGUAGGUAGAUUUUGUAGUGGUGGGUGGGUCAUGGGUGAUAUUAUGUUGAAGUUUCUUCCCCCAUUUCGCACCAUGUUGUAGGGAUCUAUGUAAGCUUUUUCAAAGCUUUGGUGAAACUUUAUCUUUCUAGCUUGUAUGGGAGUGGUGCAAUUCUACAGCUACUGCUUGUUCUAUGUGGCUGUUGGUUGAGAAUGGUGGCUGUACGGUGGUGGGUGAUGCUAUAUUUAAUAUUUCACAUCCCCUUCUCCAUCAUGUCUAAUGGUCUAUGUAAGCUUCCAGAACUUUAAUGAACUUUUUUUAUGUUUUCA